AUGGAACCCCAACACCAGCCCACCUCCUGCAAAACGGAAGACCACCACCAUCACUACCUGCAAAACCCUAGCUCCUCAGGAUCCCCACGCUCCACCACCCUUCCCACCCCAACCUGCUGCAAAUGCGGAGCCCCAACCCCUAUGGCCGCUCCUCCUCCCUCCUUCUCCGACAUCUCCCCUCCCCCAAACUACCGCCCAAUCCGAGCCCCCGCCAUCAACCUCCCCCCAAACCCUAAUUCCCAACAAGCCAUCAUCCUCGCCCCUGUCCCCCAACCCCUCUCUGUCCCCCAAAUUUCCCCUCCCUACCAUUUCCAAGCUCCCUCCAAGAUCAUCCAGUCCCCCGACGACCUCCGCCGCUUCCACGACUCCUUCCCCGGUAAGCACUUCCUCGGCUUCGUUGCCGCCCUUUCCGAUUCCAUUCGCGCCAAAAAAAUCUCCGACCCAUGCCACGAAUCUCCCACGAUCGCCACCAUCGUCUCCAUUCUCCAAACCCUAAUUCAGUGGGUCGACGAAAUCCCACCCACCAAGCAAGCCGCCCGAUACGGCAACGUUUCGUUCCGCUCCUGGCACGAGCGCUUGUCCCAAACCAGCGACUCCCUCAUGCUCCAGUUCCUCCCGGAGCAUCUCCACGCUUCUACGAUCGAGAUAGUCCCUUAUUUCACAGAUAGCUUUGGAAACCCUAGCAGAAUCGACUAUGGUACUGGGCACGAGACCAACUUCGCUGCUUGGCUGUACUGUCUCGCGAGAAUGGGCGUGAUUAAAGAAGAAGAUUGUCCGGCCGUUGUGGCCCGGGUUUUCGUGAAGUAUUUGGACUUGAUGAGGAAGCUGCAGUUGGUGUAUUGCUUGGAGCCGGCGGGGUCUCACGGCGUUUGGGGUCUCGACGACUACCAUUUCUUGCCGUUCAUUUUUGGGUCGUCGCAGUUGAUUGGGCACAAGUACAUGAAACCCAAGUCUAUUCACAAUGAUGAUAUAGUGGAGAAUUUUUCCAAGGAGUAUUUGUAUAUUUCGGGCAUUGAGUUUAUUAAGAAGGUGAAGAAGGGUCCGUUUUCGGAGCAUUCGCCUUUGUUGGAUGAUAUCAGUGGGGUGCCUAAUUGGAACAAAGUGAAUAGUGGGUUGCUUAAGAUGUAUAAAGCUGAGGUCUUGGAGAAGGUACCCAUUAUGCAGCAUUUUCUCUUUGGCUGGCUGAUCAAGUGCGAUGGUUCAAACUUAGAUGGGAUCAUGCAUUGGUUUAGUUUGACUGAAACUAGUUUAAUUUCCUUACUUGAGUGA